CAUAGCUGGUGAACCAGUCUUGCCUCCACAAAUACACAUACGAGCCAGUUCCUUCCGUGCUCUGUACCAUACUUUUAGAUUGUGUAUAAUUGUUUAUUGUUAUGGCGCCUAUGAUGAUUGAGAACGAGAACGAUGUCGAGGUGGGGGAGUCUCUUCCCCCCAUGACGGAGCACGCUGUCAGUGUCUCACUACCGACAUGGAGAGCCAACAUUGGCUACGAAGAAGGCGAAGAGUGGGUUGUCAGUAAGAUGAAGACUGGUUAUCCUAGAUUCUUCAUCCACAAAGAGAUCCAGAGGUUUGCAGCCGACAUUGUAGAGAAGUAUGGAAGAGAAGGAGAAGGCGCAAUGCUGUUCCCAACGCAUUGCACAGCAGAGAGAGCCCAAGAGUUCAUCAUCCGGACGGCGGCGGACCAGGACACUUCGCAAGUGAGGAUCAUCGACCUAGUGCCAGCGGCUGAGAAGGCACGCGCCGAGGAAUUGAACGCCAUCUCGCCGCGGAUAUCUGCUGUACUCUAUCCGCUUGAUCUGUUUAAGGUGGCAAAGCAGUUUUGGCAGCACUCGGGUGACGGUGUGUCAAGUAGACGAGCAGAGUAUUGCCACCACUUGUUCGACAACGGUGUUCUGGUUGACGCUGCAAGUCUGAACCAACAACCAGCUCGCCCGUGCAAAGGACCUCGGCGAUACCAGAACAAGAAGGCCUCGGUUGACCUCGAUGCUCCCGCGACUCAGCAAGAUGCUGAGACACUGACGCAGUUCGUCGAGCAACGAUUCGGCCGCAACCUCGAUCUCUCCAUGACUAAGAACGCUAAACUUGCUGUCCGCCGCCGCAUCGCCGGUUCCCUCACCGCGGAUGUCGCACUUUCUGAAGCGCUUGCUCUGGAUGAUGAUUCCGAGCGCACGCGCCGCGUGGCCGACUUCUCCGCAGACGAUGUCUACUUGUACCCGACUGGCAUGAGCUCCAUCUUCAAUACGCACAGGAACUUGCGUAUCGCCAAGGGGGAGCACAAAUCCAUUGUGUUUGGCUUCCCAUACAUUGACACACUCAAGAUCACAGAGAAGUUCGGCCCAGGAUCGCUGUUCUACGGCCACGGCUCAAGCGAAGAGUUGGACGAUCUGGAGAAGCGGUUGGAAAGCGGCGAGAAAUACGUGGCGCUGUUCACAGAGUUCCCUGGCAACCCGCUGCUCAGGAGCCCUGACUUGCAGCGCAUACGCAAGCUCGCAGACAAGUACGAUUUCUGCGUUGUGGUCGAUGAGUCUAUCGGCAACUUCAUCAACGUCAACGUGUUGCCAUAUGCAGAUGUCGUGGUCAGCAGUCUUACCAAGGUGUUCAGCGGCGACAGCAACGUCAUGGGCGGUGGCCUUGUGCUGAAUCCGAAAGCGCAGAACUACGCAAUCCUCAAGAAGCAGUGGUCAGAAGAUUACGAAGACAACCACUGGGCCGAAGACUCGAUCUUCCUCGAGCGCAACAGCCGUGACUUUGUGUCGAGGAUCGAGCGCAUCAAUUCGAAUGCGGAAGCUAUUUGCGAAGUGUUGAGUGCGGACCCCCGGGUCAAGCAGGUCAACUAUCCCAAGACAAGCCCUACACGGUCCAACUAUGAGCAAUGCCGGAACCCUAAAGGCGGUUACGGUGGACUCCUGUCAGCGACGUUUCAUUCCAGAGCUGAUGCCAUUGCGUUUUUCGAUAACCUGGAUACGGUCAAGGGACCCAGUUUGGGCACGAACUUCACGCUGAGCAGUCCGUACGUAAUUCUGGCGCAUUAUGGCGAGUUGGAAUGGGCUGCGAACUGGGGCGUCGAAGCCGAUCUAAUUCGGUUUAGUGUUGGACUGGAGGAAACGAGUAAGCUGAUUGACACGUUCACGAGGGCGCUGGACGCUGUGGAUAGGCCAUCGCAGUAAAGACCCUCGUAGAAAUGAUCAAUAAUGCAAGAGCAUGUUUGUUUGAUUGCCUCGGGAUGGUGACCAGUCAGCAACACGGACAGCUGACAGAAAUGAUGGUGCCGUCAUCCGCUCAGAGUCCAGGGGUUCAAUAA